CGCCGCUGUCAUUUUGGCAAACAUUGCAAUCUGCGUCGAGUCUGAACGUAAAAUUAUAUUCAAUUGUAUUAUUUACAAUAAAAAAAGCGUGAAACAUGAAGAAACAUAAUACGAGAAGAUUAAACGAUCCAAUUAUAGUGUCGCGGGUGAAAAAUUACCUAGCGGAAAACGUGGAUAAAACGUUCGUCGAUGUAAGCCAAAUGGCGCGUUCUCUCAAAGAGCGGUAUCGCGAAUACAACAACAAAAGUGACAGCAUUUUUUGUCAUAUGGUCGAAGGCGCGUACAAAGUUGUGUUGCAAAGCUACGGGCUCGACGGGGGCCCCUCUACGAGUGAACCAUCCGAAGCAGAGGAGGAAUCUGAUUUAGAAAUGUUAGAUGAGAAGCAGACUGCGAUGAACGACUGCUUAUUAGUAAUGUACAAUAAACGAGCAGCCGCCCGCCGCGCCACCGACAAGGACGGCGAACCUAUUGACAUAAUCAGCAGUGACGAGGAUGGCAGCGCGGCGCCCAAGAUACCAAAAAUUAACGACCAGAUCACCAUAACUCCACAUAUACCUAAUCGCACUGCCAACCCUAAAGUGGAGAGUCGUAAAAGCUCCGCGAAACCACAACAAACCCAAAAUCCCACAGACAAAAAACGCAAAGCGGAAACACACAAAAGUGCCGUGUUCAAGAAAAUUAAAGAAUUUGGCAGUGCCAAACGUGUUAAGGUUAGUUUUGAAGACAUGGGAGGAAUCUCUGAAAUCAUCACACAGAUAUGUGACCUUGUUUUGCACAUGAAACAUCCUGAGGUUUACAUCCAGUUGGGAAUUAAAUCCCCUCGAGGGGCCCUGUUGCAUGGGCCACCAGGUACGGGAAAAACUUUGCUAGCUCAUGCAAUUGCUGGCAAGCUACAGUUACCAUUGAUAGCUGUCACAGGGACUGAAUUAGUUGGUGGUGUAUCUGGUGAAUCUGAAGAACGAAUUAGAGAGCUGUUUGAGAGGACAGUUUCUGUUGCCCCAUGUGUUUUGUUCAUUGACGAAAUUGAUGCAGUCUGUGGCAAUCGUAUACAUGCUCAAAAAGACAUGGAGAAGAGAAUGGUUGCUCAAUUAUUAGCCAGCUUAGAUAGUUUAAGCGAAAAUAGUGCUUCCGUUUUAAUACUGGCGGCAACAAACAAUCCAGAUACUUUAGAUCCUGCAUUGCGAAGAGCUGGGAGGCUGGAACAAGAAAUUACCCUUGGAAUACCUUCAUUAAAAGCUAGGAAAGAAAUCCUUUCAAUACUCUGCAAAAACCUAGCUCUAGCAGAUGAUGUGGACAUGAAUGUGCUUGCCCAAAUAACGCCUGGUUUUGUUGGUGCUGACUUGCAAGCUCUAGUAAAUAAAGCCAGCACAUAUGCUGUUAAAAGAAUAUUUUCUGAAAUACGUUUACAAAGUAAAGAUCUGGUUGCAGAUAAACCUAACGAUAAAAAAGACAUUGAAGACCACAUCAUCCCUAAUGGAGAUAAAGAAAGUGAAGAUAAGGCACAGCCAGAGUCAACUGCACAAAGCACCGAGGAGAAAUCUGAAGAACCGGAGAGCACUGAGCCUGAUAUAAAUGAUGCACCUAAUGAAAAUGAAAUAAACACAAAUACUGUUAUACCAUCAGAUAGUAAAGUAGAUCCCCUAGAUGAAGUUGUUAGUCUUCUUGAAGACACAAUGCCUUACUCAGAAGAAGAAUUGAUAGGUCUUGCAAUCAGGCAAGAUGACUUUGUAAGAGCACUGAAAACAACCAAACCUUGCGCUGUUAGAGAGGGCAUUGUCACAGUUCCUGAUGUGACGUGGGAUGAUGUUGGAUCAUUGAAUCAAGUUCGAAAAGACCUACAGUUAGCUGUACUAGCUCCAGUUAAAUAUCCCGAACAGCUAAAAAAGCUUGGCUUAUCUACACCUAGUGGUGUAUUACUGUGUGGCCCCCCAGGAUGUGGUAAAACAUUGCUGGCCAAAGCUGUUGCAAAUGAGGCUGGAGUCAACUUUAUAUCUGUGAAGGGCCCUGAACUACUGAACAUGUAUGUAGGCGAGAGUGAACGAGCAGUGCGUACAUGCUUUAGACGCGCGCGUAAUUCUGCACCUUGUGUAAUAUUUUUCGACGAAUUUGACGCGCUGUGCCCAAGGCGAAGCUCGCACGAUAAUAAUGGGGCUGCCAGAGUAGUCAAUCAGUUGCUGACGGAAAUGGAUGGCAUAGAAAGUCGUGAAGGUGUCUUUGUUCUGGCAGCUUCUAAUAGACCUGAUAUUAUUGACCCAGCAGUUUUACGACCUGGUAGGUUAGAUAGGAUCAUGUACGUGGGAAUGCCAGGAACAGAUGACAGAUUUGAUAUACUACAGAAGAUAACAAAAGGUGGUAAACAACCUCAGUUAGGCCCAGAUGUAGAUUUGCAAGUGAUUGCUAGCGUAACAGAGGGUUACACUGGUGCUGAUUUAUCUGGCUUAGUACGAGCAGCUGCCACAAACUCUUUGACAAAUCAUAUUGCAAAUGAUACACUUGAAGGCGAUAUAUUUGUAACGUUUGAAGAUUUUAGAGGUGCUCUAAAUAAAUGUAAGCCAUCCGUAUCAGCAAAAGAACAGUUACAUUAUGAAAAGUUAAGAUUAAAGUAUGCUGGCACCAGUGAGGAAAGGUUUAUGCAAAUGGAAAUUGAGCCAACAAAUGAAGAAUUUAUGGACACAGUGAUAUAAGACAAAUAGUAAUAAAAAAUAGUAUUCCAAUUGUAUCACAUCCCUGUGUGUAAAAUGCCAAUUUGAACAUAUUUAAUUUCAGGCAUUCAAAAGUUUUACAGCCUUUCAGUUCAAAAUACUUUUAGAACACAAUCAUAUUAAUGUAUAAGAGCAUCUGUAAUAAAAGAAUGUGUAUGAUAUUUUUAUCUUUUAAUUAAUAGUAUUGUUUGUGACAUUAGAAAUUCAUGUUCAAUUAUUUGUAGCAAACUUUACUUUUCUAAAUUGGAACAUAAGUACUAAUUAGGAACAAGAAAUAUAAACUUCCUUAAUUCAAAUCUGCCACACAAUGUAUUGUAUCCAUUGUUAUCAAAUAAUGGUGAUUAUUAUAUUAAAGCUAGUCUCAAACGUCAGCUAGGCAUUAUUGUUAGCACCAACCCAGUGCCUCUUAUAACUAAAUACCUAAUUAUAUCAAUUAAUACAUAAGCUUUUGUGUUCCAAUUUACUUUUGAAUAUCAAAUAUUUUUUGUAGUUUUUUAUUGUCCAUCAAUUUUUUUUUUUCUUAAGAAUUUAAAUAUCACAAUUAGUAACCUUACUUGCUCCAUACUAUAUUUAUUUAAUGUAAAUGUGGUGUACAAUAACAGUGUAUUUAUGUAUAAGUCCGAAUUUAACAAUUGUACACCUUGUAUUGUAUUUAGGACAGCAAUUUAUAAGUUUCUGCACAUUUGAAAUUCAGUGACUAAUAAAAUAUUUUAAUUAGA